CUCUUUCCACCCUUUCCCCAGUCCCCUUUGGCCGCCACAUUUGUUGCACCAAGUGCAGUGGGUGAAGUAGGUAAUGCCCAGGCUGUGCGAGGAGAGCUGCCCUUGUACAAGCAGCUCACAUCUGGGCAAGAGCCCCCAGUUCUGCGUGCCGUGGAUGGAAGUUGCUGCACAAGAAGGACAAUGUGAACACUGUCAUGGAAUCAUAAAAGAAAGAUUUGUGUUGUGUUGUGUUUUGUUCUGUCAUGUUAUGUCGUGUCAUAUUGUGUUGUGUUGUGCCAUGUAGUGUUGUGUUGUGUCGUGUCGUGUUGUGUCGUGUUGUGUUGUAUAUUCUGUGUGCUACCAGGGCCUGAUACAAAGCCCAGGAAUCACAGAGCUCCCCUGUCACAAAACUUUCUGGCCUGAGGAUUGCCAAACUGGUGGUCCCAGGGACAGGUGCUGGGUUUUUCUUUGAACAUACCGCUUUCUCUGGCUCCUGUGAGCAGCUUGUUGAAAGGAGCUCUGGCUGGUUUUGCGUGCAUAUGAAAGAGAGAUUUCCUUGGUGUGUUUGUAUGUCCAUUUUCCUGGCUUAAUUUAUCUCCUCUUUCUUCAGAAAGAUAAUUUGGGAUCGGCGCGACAUCAGCUCCUUAGUCUUACAACCUUAGAGUGCUUGUACAACGUACAGAAGGCUUUGUACUUGUCAGAUUGAUUCUUCCCUGGAUAAAAAUUGUUACCUUAUCUUAGCAAUAGUCAUGCUGGAACAAACCCAGCGGUCCUUUAGGUCAGUGUAAUGUCAGCAAUACAGGAAGCUUUAGAGGAAGGCAAAAAUUCUUAAUGCAUCUAUUCAUCUGUACAAUGCUGAGACCUGAAGUUAAUUAAGGGCAUUUCUUUCCAGGCCUAGCCACAGAACAGCAGGGCCUCGGAGGGGCAGCCACACUAAAAAUAACUUUCUAAUUAAAAUUCCCGUGUAUAUUAUUACACAGCUGCUGUUGCUGCCUUGACUUGGUAAAAGGUGUCUCCUCUUUAAGCAUGGGGUGGACAAGAUGUCCUGAAAAAGCUGGUUGUCCUCCAUCACCUUGGAGUUCUUAUGCACUUGCAGUGUUACAUCUUGAUGGCUGUGCUUGGGCAAUUCCCACUUCUGAAUUAACACUGGUAUGAAUGUGCGUUUCUCUAUUAAUGACCGUAUUAAUCACUGAGUGAUUAGGUACAUGCUGCAGUGGUUUUGCUGCAUCCCAUGCAGAUGUUAGCUGUCCAGAUGGCUUAGUACUUUCUGAAAGGGCUGCAAAAGACAGACUGUGCCCUGAGAGGAGCUGUGUUGCAGCACUGGUCUGGAGGGGCUCCAAGGCUAUGAGCCCUGCCCUACAGACUUGCCUUUAGUCUUGAUUCAUCAUGGUGCCAUGGUUUGUGUCAGCUGAAAUGAUAACACAGCUGGCUCGGUGCUACGAGUGCUGUGAAGAUCUGCCUCUGAGCUCCUCAGGACCUGCCAUAUCCUGCCUCACACUUGGGUAGAAGCUUAGGUGGCUGUGUAUACCGUCCGAGAAAACUCCUGACAUCCUAGUGAGCCCAUCCUGCGGCCAGCUGGGCUUCAGGCUGUGUUCGCAAGAGGACCACAGAAGCGUUGUUAAAAUGAAGCAUCACUUGGGGCCACUGCUAGACUUGCGAGACAUUGCAGCCUCAGCUGGGAGGGCACUGGGGGGGGCGAUCAGAGAAGGGCACAAAAAUCUGCUGGGCUGUUUCCUGUUUAAAAGAUUCCAAAUUCCCUGCAGAUGAACCAGUAAAGUGAAGUCGCAAGCUUUACUAACUCACAAAAAGUAACAUGGUUCCUGGGUUUUGUUUCUAUCGGUAGUUUCUGACCCGCCUCAUCACUGGAGUUGAUACCAAUAAUAUGAGGGAUCGUCUUGUGAUUUCUGGCUUUUCCAUAGGGCCAAAUCGUUCAGUUGGCUAGGGGAAAAAAAUCACCAAGAAAGAAGAAGGAUCCAUUCUCUAAAACCCUACCUCUGCCAAUAGUUCUUAGAGUCCAUAACAGAGAAAAUGUUAAGACAGAGACCCAAGGCUCUGCCCUUAGAAAUUCUCCAACAGGAUGUGUUGCAAACAAGGUCUAUUGUUAUGGAUUCCCUCAAGAAGUGUCUGGGGUUCCCAGCCAGCAUCAAACCCAGUACAGACCCCUGCCAUGCAGGCCAACCCUUUUUAUGGUGCCUUACUCUAACUGUUUUGAGUCUUGCAUCUUUUCUGCAUUCUUAGCAUUGCUCUCCUUAGAGAGGGAACAGUAGCUUUUACUCCGUAACUCUUAUGAAAGCAUGAAUACACUUUAAAAGCAAACAAAACCAAAAAGCAGCAUAAAGCAGCGUCUUGUUUGGGAAGCCAUCAAUGCUUGAAGUUAUUUACAAGAUAGAAGAAUGAUGGAAAUUGAGCCAAACCUAUCGUCUUUUGAAUUUCCAGGAGACAAAAGGUUACAGAGGGAAAAGUCAGAAAAGAAUGUGGAAAAUCAAGAGGAUAUGAGGGGGCCACUCCAGCUCACGACAUUAAAGCAAGGGAAGAGCCCCUACAAGCGCAGCUGUGACGAGGGGGAAUCUCACCCCCAAACAAAGAAAAAAAAGAUUGACCUCAUCUUCAAAGACGUCCUGGAGGCUUCAUUGGAGUCUGCCAAAUUUGAAGAGAACCAGGUAGCAACUAGUACACCACUUACCAUCAGAACAGCAUCUAAAUACCAGGCUGAAGACAUAUUUGAGAGGUGUGGCACUGCCAUGCAGCACGGCUCCCUGAACCUCGGCAGAAACCGGAGUGAAGGGGAGUGGAAGAUCCCCCAUGGUUCCUCUUUUAGUUCUGCCAAAGAAGUGGGGAUCCUUGAAGACGAGGAAGAAGAGCCUCUGUCUCUGAAAGCAGACAGCCCAACUGAGCUGUCACUGGCCUCUGCACAGGGCAACUCCCAUGAAAUCCCCACCACCUCCUUCUGCCCUAACUGCAUCCGUCUGAAGAAGAAGAUCCGAGAGCUGCAGGCCGAGUUAGACAUGCUGAGAUCUGGGAAGUUACCUGAGCCACCUGUGCUACCGCCCCAGGUACCCGAGCUCCAAGAGUUCUCAGACCCCACAGCUUCAGAAAGCAUCAUCUCUGUUCCCACUAUCAUGGAGGAUGAUGAUCAAGAGGUGGAUUCUGCUGAUGAAUCAGUUUCCAAUGACAUGAUUGCUGCUACAGAUGAGCCUUCCAAGAUGUCUUCUGCAACGGGCCGGAGGAUACGGCGGUUCAAGCAAGAGUGGCUUAAAAAGUUUUGGUUUCUGCGGUACUCCCCGACAUUGAAUGAAAUGUGGUGCCAUGUCUGUAGGCAGUACACAGUGCAAUCCUCUCGGACUUCAGCCUUCAUCAUUGGCUCGAAGCAGUUCAAGAUACACACAAUAAAGCUUCACAGCCAGAGCAACCUCCACAAGAAGUGCCUGCAGCUUUACAAGCUCAGAAUGCACCCAGAGAAGACAGAAGAGAUGUGCCGAAAUAUGACCCUGCUCUUCAAUACGGCCUACCACUUGGCUCUGGAGGGCAGGCCCUACUAUGACUUCCGGCCUCUGGCAGAACUACUGAGAAAGUGUGAACUCAAGGUGGUGGAUCAAUACAUGAAUGAAGGAGACUGCCAAAUCUUAAUCCACCAUAUCGCACGGGCUCUUCGAGAGGACCUGGUCGAGCGCAUCCGACAGUCUCCUUUCCUCAGCAUCAUUCUGGACGGGCAGAGUGAUGACGUGCUUGCCGACACAGUUGCAGUUUAUGUACAGUACACAAGCAGUGAUGGGCCUCCGGCAACCGAAUUCCUGUCUCUUCAGGAACUGGGCUUUUCUACAACAGACAGUUACCUCCAAGCAUUAGACAGGGCCUUUUCCAGCCUGGGAAUCCGAUUGCAGGAUGAGAAGCCAACUAUUGGCUUGGGAGUUGAUGGUGCUAACAUUACUGCCAGCCUGAGAGCUAACUUGUUCAUGACAAUCAGAAAGACCUUGCCGUGGCUUCUCUGCUUGCCCUUUAUGGUACACAGACCUCAUUUGGAGAUUUUGGAUGCAAUCAGUGGGAAAGAACUGCCGUGCCUGGAGGAGCUGGAAAACAAUCUGAAGCAGCUGCUCAGUUUCUAUCGUUACUCUCCCCGACUCAUGUGCGAGUUGAGGGUCACUGCUGCCACUCUGUGCGAGGAGACUGAGUUCUUGGGGGACAUUCGAGCAGUGAAGUGGAUCAUUGGGGAGCAGAAUGUGCUCAAUGCUCUAAUCAAGGAUUACCUUGAGGUUGUGGCCCAUCUCAAAGACGUCAGCGGCCAGACCCAGAGGGCAGAUGCUUCCGCAAUUGCCUUGGCCCUCCUCCAGUUCCUAAUGGACUACCAGUCGAUUAAACUCAUCUACUUCCUGCUGGAUGUGAUUGCUGUGCUUUCACGCCUUGCCUAUGUCUUCCAAGGGGAGUACCUUCUUGUGUCGCAGGUGGACGAUAAAAUAGAGGAGGCUAUCCAGGAGAUCAGUCGGCUAGCAGACUCGCCUGGGGAGUACCUGCAGGAAUUUGAGGAAAACUUCCGUGAAAGCUUUAAUGGCAUUGCUGUGAAAAACCUACGGGUGGCUGAAGCCAAAUUCCAGUCAAUCAGAGAAAAGAUCUGCCAGAAGACCCAGGUGAUCCUAGCCCAAAGGUUCGAUUCCCGUAGCCGGACAUUUGUGAAAGCCUGUCAGGUAUUUGACCUUGCAGCUUGGCCCAGAAGCACUGAUGAGCUCAUGAGCUAUGGGAAGGAGGAUAUGGUACAAAUAUUUGAACACCUGGAGACGGUCCCAUCAUUUUCCAGAGAGGUUUGCAGAGAGGGGAUGGACACCCGAGGGAGUUUGCUGAUGGAGUGGCGAGAACUCAAGGUGGAUUAUUAUACCAAAAAUGGUUUUAAAGACUUACUCAGUCACAUUUGUAAAUACAAACAGAGAUUCCCCCUCUUAAAUAAAAUAGUUCAGAUCCUCAAAGUCCUUCCCACCUCAUCGGCCUGCUGUGAGAAGGGGCGCAAUGCCCUGCAGAGAGUGCGCAAAAACAACCGCUCUCGGCUCACACUGGAGCAGCUCAGUGAUUUGCUGACAAUUGCCGUUAACGGGCCGCCCAUUGCCAACUUCGAUUGCAAACGGGCGCUAGAUAGUUGGUUCGAGGAAAAGUCGGGCAAUAGUUACGCACUGUCAGCUGAGAUGCUGAGCAGGAUGUCGUCUCUCGAUCAGAAGCCGAUGUUGCAGAGCAUGGACCAUGGCUCUGAGUUUUACCCCGAUAUUUAGAAAGGAAUGCCUCAGAUCAGAAAGCUGUUGAAUAAUUUUUUAAAUCUAUACUCUAAACUUUGAUAUAUUAUAUAAAAUAUAUAUAUAUUAUAUAUAUUAAGGAAAAACCCACACUGAAAAUUUAAAAGUUAAGACGAUGUGCGUCUGAUAGAAGCUAAGCAGAAUUUUAAAGAUUGAGACAAUGUUUAGAAAUUUACUGGUGUCUCCAACCAUGGCAGCUGCAGUGUAGGUGGCAACAUUUCAUUCUUUAGAAGCAUGUGCUGGGGCCAUACUCUACAUGUUCAAACCUAACAAUCUAUAAGCUAGAUGACGGGUCUUUGUCAGCCUCCUCCUCCCGGUGGUUUCCUUUGUACGUGUGUUGUUGGUUUGUUGGGUUGAUUUUUGUGUUGUUGUUGUUUUUGUUGUUUUCCUCAGUUUUAAUCUCUGCCUCUCUUUUCGUUGUUCAGUCCAGUUAUUGAGCCAUUUGAGCCUUUUGUUGACGACCGUCAGAUUUCUGAUUUCCGACAGAGCAUCCUGUGCAUUUAUGUUGUCCCUGGCUGCCCAGCUCCACCUGGUGCUCUCUGUUUGAGUGGGAGCUUCUCGCACUCACAGAGGUUACUGGGUGGAGGGAAGGGCUGGGGCUGGGUUUUUGUUUUUUUUCUGAUUCAGAAACACAUGCCUCCACUAAACUGUGAUGUCCCUUUCUCAGUUCUCCCUACUUUUGGGCUGUAGAGUAAUACUUGGCUUUCAGCUCCUUUUAUGAUAACCAUAGUACCAGUCUAUCAUACAUAUAUUAUAACAUGAUGUCAUGUGCAGACUAUAAAAUAGCAAAAUAGAGAAGGCAGGGGGAAAUUUUUGCAUUUAUAUUUUUAUAUUGUAGGAAAUAAAUAUAUAUAUAUAUAUACAACUAUUCAUUCAAAACCAGGGCUGCUGUGGAAGCUAGACAGCCAAUGAGUCAAGAGCCAUCUCUGGGCAGAGAUUCAAAGGCUUAAAAAAUUAUAUUCUAAUUUACAUUAUUUAUACUAUGUCUUUAUAAUCCUAGAUUGUUGUGGGGUUUUUUUGUUUGUUUUGUUUUGUUCUGUUUUGUUUGGAAUGACUGAAAGAAAAACCUGCUGCAGUUUGGUAGCAGGGGCUAUCAAUGCAAAAUUAUCUUGGAUUAUAAUCAUGUGAUGAUGUCCUAUAAAGGUUCACGUAUUCUCUUGUGACCAAGGUAACAUGUUCCACAGCACAGCAGACUGAUGACAGCAGGAAGAAGGGAUGCUCUACUUCUUCCUGUGAAACAUUUCUUCCUUUCUUGAAGGGAUGCAGAGUCCAGCCAAAAUGUGAAUGGGGGACUUGCACCUUCUAUCACAAAAGAGAUUGUUCUGUGGGCUUGGGGUUCUUCUUUGUUUUAUUAUUGUAAAGUAAACGAGCUCCACGCUUUCACAAAAUAUCACUUCAGGUUAGAAAAGAAAAAAAAAAAAGAAAAAAAAAAGAAACAAAAAAGGUGCAAAAACUCCACAGAUGCUAGUGCCUUGCCCCGCUGAUGUGGCAUGGACAGCACCAACCUGACCAGACCAUCAUGGGAGUGAGAACCUGUUGUCCAGAAGGUCUCCGAGCUGACAAGUUCUCACUUCCCAGAGGGAUGAGCUUUGUGCCAAGCUGUGUUGUUUGGAAACAUGAUGGUGGUAUCAGCAACACUGAACCUUUCCUUUCUCCUGUUACCCCCCUGCCCUUGGUCUUGGUGCUAAGAUAUCUCUAGAACCGUUGCUGCUAGUUGAUAGC